AUGAAGAGCGUGAACCCCUCGCACCCGAUGCUUCUCCAGGACCCUGGAGCCCACGGGAGGAUCGGCCAGCUGGGCCUGCUCUCUACUCACCAGAGCUCACUGCUGGCUUCCGAGCAGCACACGCAGGAGAACCGCAAGGCCAGUGGGCAAGCCUGCCCUUUGAAGGCCUGUGAGCAGGCUGAGAAGGCCAAAGGGCAGCGACCCCAGCCUGGGCGAGGGAGACCUCCAGCCACCUGUGCGGACGUGGAGGGCGUUCCCAGGGCACUGGGGCAGCCCCUCCUCACUCUCGCGGAGAACCCACCCCCGAGGUGCUACUGGGGAAGAAGCCCAAGGCCACGGGAGGCCAGUGCGCACAGCGACCACGCCAGGGCCGGCCGCUCCGGGGCCGCAAAAGGCCCGCUCCCCACCUGGAGGCCACCUCCCCACCAAGCCCUGCCCCGCCUUCCCUUGGGAGCCUUGGAAUUCCCAGGAGCGGGAGCGCCCCGGGCGCCCCCAGAGGCCGGCCACCUGCCCUUCCGGGCUCCUCCCUCCGCGCCCGCGCCCACACCCACGUGCUCGGGGAGGCGGCCCCUCACAGGAAGCCAGCACGCACGGAGCACCCUGGCGGCGCGCGGGCGGAAGGGCCCGCUCGAGCCCCCAGGCCACGCCCCCACCCCACCCGCCGGGCGGGCGUCUCCGGGGGUCUCCGUCCGCUCGCGGCCUGGCCACACCCUCCCGGGCCGCGCGCCCGGGCCCUCCCCUCCUGGACGGCGCUGGGGCCUGGAAGCGGCUCCCUCCGGGUUUGACCCACCCCCCCGACCGAGCGCGCCGGGGGCCCACUCGCAACCCCACCCACCCCCACCUGCUUUUCUGGCUCGGCCGCUCCCAGGAGCCCUCCCCCAGCCCAGGUCCCUAACCCUCAGGCGAGGCCCCUCCCAGCAGGAAGCGCGGCCCCGCGGCCGGGCCGAGUCAAACUGGUCCCGCUGGCUGGCAGCCCCCAGCCCGGAGGGAGCCAAGCUGGGAUCCCCGAGCCCCACAGCCCCAGGCUGUGACGGAACCCCGGGUCUGCGAGGGCGCUGCAGCCGCAGCACAGCCCGGGAAAGCAGCAGAACCUGCACCUCCCGGCCGAAGGCGCACCGCUCAGAGACCGCAGGGCUCCCCGUGAACACCCUGCUGCAGCCGGCCCAGCGGCCCUCAGCACCUCCUCAGGAAAACACAGCAGAGAGAAACCCUGGGCGCAGCCCCAGCACUGGAGCUGAAUGGCCGGAGGAGCUGGGCAACCGGCUCUCAGCAACACCCCACAACCGGCCCGCAGGCGGCUGGGAAGACCAACCUGAGAGCGGUGCCGCCAGGGCAGGCACCGCCGCCUCGGCCCCCAACCACCGCAGCCCAGCUCCGCCGGCGAGAAUACGAACCACGCCGGCGGAUAAACAGAGAGUGACACGCCGGGCCCGGCGGCGCCCUGCCCCUGCGGCCGCCCCCUCCCCCAGCCCCGCGCCCUUCCUGCCGAGCGGCCGCCCGCACCGGCGGCCUGGGGGCAGGGCCGCGCGCCCACCCGCCGCGGGGCCCGGCCCCGGCCCCGGCCCUGCCCGCGCGCAGCCGUGCCCUGCGGGCGGCGGGCCGGGCACAGCGAGAAGCCGCGCGAGGGGCGGCGGCGGGCGCAUAAAGCGGGGCCCGCCUGUCAGGCAAGCGCGGCUCCCCGGGCCGCUCGGAGCGCAGCGCGGAGCCGCAGGCACAAAGAGCCGGCGCCCGCCGCCCGCCGGCCCCGCGCGCGGGGGGCUUUGUGCCGGGCCCCGCCGCGCGCCGCGCUCCCGCACACGCACGGCCCGCGGCGGGCGGCGGGCGGCCGGGGUCCCGCCCCUCGCGCGCACACACCCCGCGCGCCGCGGCCCCUCCGCGCGCCCGCCCACGCCCCUCUCCCGGGGGCGCGCCCCGCGCCCCGCGCCUCACCUCGUGUGCGUCGGCGGCGGCGCUCCCCGCCGGCCGGCCGGCCCGCCCGCGGCCUCUUCUUCGGCGCCGCCCGCGCCCGCCCGCGCCGCGCGUCCGCCCGCCCGCCCCGCCGCCGGCUCGGCUCGGCUCGGCUCCCCGCCCCGCGCGCCGAGCGCCUCUCACAGCCGCCCGCCCGGCGCCAUCUUGGAAGCUUGUGACGUCGCGCCGCCCGCUCACCCCUGA